AUGGAACCAAGGACUAAAAAACCUGCGGUCCCCUGCUGGUUCAAUUUUGACCCAUACCCACUUGUCUCUCAACUUGGGCAACAUCCACCUUUCGAGCUAUCAGAUGUCUUGGGACUGCAAUGUAGGGCCUUAGGGCAUUGGCGCAGCAUUUGUGAGGUGAGACCAGCAGUGGAGGGAAACUUGGAGAAGAUCCAACAGGCUGUCAACCAACUGCAAGAACAACUGAAGAAGAAGACAGAACAGAGGACUGAAUUCAUCAAGAAGUACAACCUGAAUCAUCAGAAGGCGGCAUCUUCAGAGACCGAGGCUACAAGCAACAAGGGUGGCGGAAGUGUGCUAGUUUGA